UGGGACACCGCGUCGUGUUUCCGCCGGUGUGUGUUUGUUGCGACACAGCGUCGUGUUUCCGCCGGUGUGUGUUUGUUGCUGGGACGCAGCGUCGUGUUUCCGCCGGUGUGUGUUUGUUUCUGGUCCCGUCAUGCCGGUGUGGAGCGCGCUGAGCCCGUCCGACUGGACCCGGCUGGUCCAUAAAGAGGUGGCGGUGACGGCGCACCACCAGCAGCGGCACCGCGGCUGGCUCUACACCGUGGACCCGGUGUCCGCCAGUGUAGUCUUGGUGAACUUCCAGGAGGCGGGCGGGGCGCUGGUCACGGUGGUUAUGGGUCACGCUGUGGAGGAAGUGGAGGUCCUGCAGGAAGGGGACAGCGCCAUGGCAGCGUGUCUCAACGCCAUCUUCCUCCCCUCCAAGGCACAGUCCUUCAGCACCGAGGAGCUGCGGCAGCGGAAGCGGAGCCUCCGACAGUGGCUGGAGAAGAACCGUGUCCCUGUGGAGGAGGUCGGGGAGGUGCUACGGGUCGCUAACGUAUUAACGGUUAGCCCACCGUACGGCGUCGAGGACUGCAGCAGCCCCAACGAGAUCAUCCUAGCCAGAGUUCAGGGUUUGAUGGAGAGUAACCCCAAGGUGGACGGCGGGCAGCAGGACACCUGACCGACACCCAGACCGCCUCCAUGUUUCACCACAAGGGCAGGAAACCUUGGGGAACAAUGGCUGAGUAUUGCCUGCAGUUACCCGACCAACACGCCCGUUGACCUCUUCUGCCCCCUGCUGGCCUGGCUGCAGAGACCAGCAGCUCUUUAAACAAACUGGUUCCCACUAUGAGUGCCUUUACUGGUUAAGUUUGACUUUUCACAGCGUUUGCAGACUGAAGGACGUAAGUGUUCCAGUUCCUUUGAGAUGGAGGAGCCGACUGGCCGACGUCAGACAGCGUGAAGCGUUGUGUAUUUGCUGUAAACUACUGUGACACUAAAUGAGAAUAAAAAUGUUU